AUGUCGGUACGACAAGCACCAGGCCACCAACAAGGUGCGCCGGAGCGCUCAAUGGGCGACGACUCAGAUGUGGAAGAGGAGGCGCUCGCCAACGACUACCGCGAGCAGGUGGACUACGACGGUGAAGACUAUGGGCUGGACCGUCAGAUGUCGCUUGGUGGAGGACCGCAGGACCUACACGCACAGCUAGUGGCAGCAGCACAACCAUUAGAAUACCAGGCGACGCUCGAGACGAAGAUCCAGAGCUACGAUUCCUACUGCAACCUCUUCCACUUCAUCCUCAACAGCGAAGGCCCGGUGGAUAUUGAGGUGCCCUCGCACUACUGGGCAUGGGACGUCAUCGACGAGUUCAUCUACCAAUUCAACUCCUUCUGCUCCUACCGCCAACGCAUCGCCUUCCAGCAAUCCACCACCGCCGUGAACGAAGACGAAGUCGCCAUCCUCCGCGAGAACCCCAGCGUGUGGGGCUGCUACUCUGUCCUCAACGUCCUCUACUCCCUCAUACAAAAGUCACAAAUCAGCGAACAACUGGCGGCUACGAAACGUGGUGAAGAUGGUAAACAAUAUGCCGGCGAAUACGGGAGCAGGCCUCUGUACCAGAUGCUUGGAUACUUCUCCAUCAUAGGGUUGCUUAGGGUGCACUGCUUGCUUGGAGACUUCAGCCUGGCAUUGAAGACCCUGGACGACAUUGAGCUGAACAAGAGGGCCAUGUUCGCACGGGUGAUGGCGGCCAACUUCACAACCUACUACUACGUCGGCUUCAGUUACAUGAUGAUGCACCGCUACGCCGAUGCGCUGCGCAUGUUCAACCACAUCCUCAUCUACGUCAGCCGGACGAAGAACUUCCAGAAGAACGCUCAAUACGACAGCAUCAGCAAGAAGAACGACCAGAUGCUUGCGCUUGUCGCCAUCUGCGUGUCUUUCUCGCCCACUAGACUUGACGACACGAUUCACACGGCACUCCGCGAGAAGUACGGCGAGCAGCUCACCCGGAUGCAGCGAGGAGGACCUGAGUCGCUCCCACUAUUCGAAGAGCUCUUCCGACAAGCAUGUCCCAAGUUCAUCUCUCCCACCCCACCAGACUUCGAGAACCCGCAGAUCAACAUCGACCCGGUCGAACACCAGCUCUCUAUCUUCAUGGAGGAGGUGAAGAACAACAUGUGGUCGCCCACCGUCCGCAGCUACCUCAAGCUCUACACCACUAUGGACCUCACGAAGCUUGCCGGAUUCCUUGAUGUGGACGCGGACACGCUCAGAAGCUGGCUGCUCGUCAACAAGCAAAGGUCGAGGCAGGUGAGAUACGCCGAGGGUGGACUGCUUGAGGGUGAUGUGGUGAACUCGAGCGAUCUUGACUACGCGAUGCAAGGCGAUAUCAUCCAUGUGUCCGAAGCCAAGGUCGGCCGGAAGCUGGUGGACUGGUAUCUGAGGAACCUGGCACGGACGUACUAA